GGAAAGUCACUUGCCCGCAGAGAAAGAAAGAGCUGUGCAACACGUUGCACUCGUCUCCCUCGUUUCAAAAUUCCGCAUACUCCUCCUCCUCCUCCUCCUCCUCCUACUACUACUACUACUACUACUACUAUUACUACUAUUACUACUACUAAGGAAGCAACGACCAAGUAGUGGCUGAGCGGGCAUGCCGCCAUCGCUGCCAUCGCUGCCGCCGGGUUGUUGGUGAGAAAAAGGAAACCGGAUUCGGAUUGGUGCUGUGCCACAUCGAGCUGAGCCGCACGGAGAGGAGCCAUCAAGAUGGUGCCCUGGGGGCUUAUCCUAAGUGGUGCCGCCUGGGCCAUGUUUCCACAGCAUAAGGGAGUGAUUCUUGCAGUUGGGGCGGCAACGUCCGUGAUGAGAAUCAAGCGCCGGCAAGAUUGCGCAUUUGCAUUGCCACCUGGUGAACCGAAUGCUGCCGCCAAGGAGGGGUCAAAUCCGAACAAUGCUGGUGGAGACUCCGUUGCCGAUGGCGAUGACGAGGGAUACUCAGAAGCAGGCAUACGCAUGGUGAGACUGGAGUGGGAGAACAUUAGUUGCGAGCUCAAGAAAAGGCAAAAAGGGGAGGUGUCAACAAAAAAGAUUCUGGAUAACAUCAGUGGGAAAGCAUUCCCUGGACAGUUGUUGGCGAUCCUGGGCCCUUCGGGGUCCGGAAAGACGACACUUCUCUCAGCUCUUGCAGGUCAGGUUGCAAAAUCUGAGAACUUGGGGCUCACAGGAAGCCUUAAGGUGAAUGGCAAGAAGAACGGCACUUCGACACACAGGCAAGCGUUUGUCAGGCAGGAUGAUAUCUUUUACUCUCAGCUGACUGUGAGGGAGACAUUGAUGAUGGCGGCAAAGUUGCAGCUGCCAAGGACAAUGACAGAGGAGGAGAAAGAAAGACACAUUGAGAGCCUGAUGCAGCAUCUCGGUCUGACCGGCGUAGCAGACACAAUAGUUGGAGAUGAGAAGACAAGGGGUAUAAGUGGUGGUGAGAGGAAGCGACUGUCCAUUGCGUGUGAGCUGAUUGCAGCCCCUUCCGUUGUCUUUGCAGAUGAACCUACAACAGGACUUGAUGCCUUCCAAGCGAAGACAGUCAUGGAGGCGCUGCGGGGUCUUGCCAGGGAUGGCCAUACAGUCAUCUGCUCCAUCCAUCAGCCACGUGGAGCGAUAUACGACAUGUUUGAUGACGUCAUUUUACUUGCAUCAGGCCAAGUUGUAUAUGCAGGUGCUGCUAAUGAUGAUGCAAUCGCGUACUUCUCUGCCCUAGGGUAUGAGUGCCCCACUCACUUUAACCCUGCCGAGUUCUUUUCAGACUUGAUCUCUGUCGACUACAGCAGCCCUGCAAAGGAGGAGGAAAGUAAGAAACGGUUGCAAAAGCUUGUUGCGGCUUUCCGUGCACAAGGAUGCAGCUAUGUGGAGCCCUCAUCUUCUCGGACAGAAAACCCGUACACUGUAACCGGCGGCAAAAGGAAUGGGAAUGGCAAUGGAAAUGGUCUUGCGCUCACUAGGGAUCUUGAAUCACCAGGACGGAACGAACCUGGAAGCAGCUGGUGGGUGCAGUUCAAGCUACUGAUGAUCAGGUCCUGGCGGCAGGUCACUCGAGACAAGGCGACGAACAUAAUUCGUGGAAUGAUGACUGGAACAUCAGCGCUGAUCUUCGGUGCCAUAUUCUGGCAGAUGGGCCUCAAACAGACUGCAAUCCAGGACCGAAUGGGCCUCCUACAGGUUGCCGCAAUCAACACAGCAAUGGCAUCCCUCACAAAAACAGUCAAUAGCUUUCCACGUGAAAGAUCAGUGGUGAACAGGGAACGAGUGAGAGGUGGUUAUGGAAUGAUCCCCUACUUCCUCAGCAAGAUAGUGGCGGAGAUGCCUGUCAGUGCUCUCUUCCCACUGGGAUUUUCAGUCCUUGUCUACCCAAUGACAGGCCUCCACAGGUCUUUCACGAGAUUCUUAUGCUUUCUGAGCAUCGUAACUCUCGAGUCCUUCACAUCCUCUGCGUUGGGCCUUGCCGUUGGGGCAGUGGCUCCCAGCACGGAAGCAGCACUUGCGCUUGGGCCCAUGGUUAUGCUUAUAUUUAUUGUCUUUGGGGGUUACUAUGUCAAUUCCGGAAAUACCCCCAAAAUAUUCCAGUGGCUCCCCAACAUCUCACUCAUUAAAUGGGGUUUUGAGGCGAUGUGUAUCAAUGAGUUUACAGGACUGACAUUUGAUGCCAAGGAGCCGACAGAUGUCAGGCGAGGAGAGCAGGUGUUGGAGCGGUUAUCGUUCGAUAAGACGACAUUGACUGGAGCACUGUGCUCAGAAGCACGCAUCAUGGGGUCAUUUUACCUUCUUACUCUUUUUAUACUUUCCAAGAACAAGCCUCGUUUCCAGCCUCUUGUUGAUGCACCUGUAUCCUCAUCAAGUGUCAACACUGAAAGUUUUCCAGAGCCGCUUCAGGAUGACAUGACUGUUACAUCAACUCCUAUCCUCACCAGAGAAUUCACUCUCCCCAUCACUGCUGCUCCUGCUGACGCUUCUACCUCUCUUUUUGCAGCUGUUGGUGUUUUUGCAGCCCUUCCUGAUGCUGAUGUACCUUCUCCUGUUCCUGCUGACGCGGUUCCUGCUUCUGUUCCAGAUGGUUCAGCUGCUGCUCCUGCUCCUUCUCCUCCACCUGCUCCAGCUCCAACUGCUGCUUCAUCUACUCCUGCUGCAACUGCUGCUCCUGCGACUGCACCUUCUUCGUUCUCCACUGAUAGUGUUUCUGCUUCUGUUCCUGCUGCUCCGACUGUGGCUUCCACUCCUGGUUCAGCUUCUUCUCCCGCUCCUGCUCCUGCUCCUGAUGCUGUUGCGCCCGCGGUGGAAAGCAUCGCAACAGGAAAUCUCCCCAUCCAAAGCGCAUACGGCACCGUUUCGACGGAUAGUGCCAGUGCUGAUGGUGCACAGCAGUUGAACCAGGCAGGUGAGAGUAUUCCGAAUGUGACUGUGCCACCAGAGCCCACACCCCAGGGCUCUCCACCUCCUCCUCCAGCCACUGUCGCUACUGCAGCUACCCCUGUAUCAGCGACCAACAGCACGAGUCAGGCUCUCAGCACUUCUGCUGCUGAUCAGACUGCCCAAGCGCCAACAUCGUCUGAUACGUCAGCAGGCGGUUUACCUGUUGACGCUAGUGGGGGUCAGGCUCCCAUCGGUAGCAAACCCGUUGAAACAGUUAUCUCAUCCGCCACCGCAUUGCCGACUGUGUCGCCGGACACCCCGGUUGUAAAGCAGGGCCUGGCUGAUGCUGUGUCCAUCACCAGUGUGCCCUCGUCGCCGGCAACGAUCAGCAACGGGGUGCAGCAAUCGGGCACCGCUUGAGAGUCUGCUGCAUCACACGUGUGAAAUAUCCUUCGCUGCUCAGCUUUGCUUGAGAUGGAAGGACCCUUGUAGACACCGAUUUGAUUGGAAUUUGGAGGAGCACGUGUUCUUCUGAGAAUUGGCCAGAACUUGUCAGCGGUUGGAAUUCGUUGUAAUUCAGAGCUCAGGUGUGUGUUCCUGAGGUCAAAUAAGGCCGUUCCUUAAGGCGGCGACAUUCUGUACCCCAUUCUCGCACCCGCCUGAUAAGUGGGUGAAGAUCUGCUUCGCAUCGCCGCACAGUGCAUGAAAGGUGGAAGUUCAGACACAUAGGAAAGGGGUUAUCGCCUUUUGCUGGAAGCUUCAGACGAGUGUCUCGUCUUCAAGAUCAAGCUCUCUCUCUCUUUCGUAUUUAUGAUUUUAUGUAUACCAGGAUAUGCUACUUCAAAAGAGAAUCAAUGACAUGUAAAGAGGCAGGCUAUGUACUAUCUCAGGACGCACGCACACUAGCUUUGUUAUCUUGAAUGUAUCUGACGGCAACGACUGGGCCUGGAUGACUCUGGCUGCAAUUGCAGCCGUAAAGUCCUGGAUGAAUCUGACCGCAAUUAAGUCCUCGUGUCACUAUGCCUUCAUUCUCGCGCACCAGAUCAGUGUGCGAAUAUGGCAUCCGAAUCUUUGCAGAGACACACAUGCAGGAGUAGACAAAAAAGGAACACGAGGAAAGGUCUUUUGAUUAGAAGUGAGGAAAUUAGAGAUAGGUCUUUCGAGGAUCCUUUACAAGGAGACUAUCAUAUUACGUAAUCCUCACAGCUGAUUGUUUUGGACGGCUGUCCAAGCAACUCCGCACAAGCACACGCAGUAGACGCUGUAGGUAGAAAAGAAAUAGUCUCGGAUCGAAUGAUUAAAAACAGAAUCAAAAAGCAAUUGAAGAAGGUUUUCUCAACUUCUCAGAUGCCAUCACUAUGUUUUGAAGGUCAGUCAGUCUCUGUUUAGCAUUCAUUUAAGGACACUUUCCCCUCUGGAGAAUGCUGCAAAGUGAGCGAGUAGUUUACCCUUUUUAUUUACUGGUCUCUGCAACGGUUGGUCUCCCUCUGUAGAAGAGAGGGCUGGCGACCGCUGUGUGUGUUUUCUUCUUGCUGCAUUGACUCAGAGAUUUAAGGCCAGGCUCCUCCAUUGGCCUAUGGAAUUCUGUCAGACAGGUAGAAACCUGGUACAAAGGUAGAAAGUGCUAGAAGUCCGGUACCGGCUAGGAACCUGCUAUGUGGGUAAAAACCUGGUACACAGGUAGAAAGUAUUUGAAACCUGGUAUGCAGGUAGGAACCUGGUACAUGGGUAGCACCUGGUAAUCAGAUAGAAAGCAGUACUAGACACCUGGUACCUGGGUAGAAACCUGGUACCUGGGUAGAAACCUGAUAACUGGGUAGAAAGUUACUAGAAACCUACCUCGUGGGUAGACGCCUGAUGCAGAGGUAGACAAUACUAGAAACGUCCUACGCAGGUAGAAAGUACGAGAAACCUGGUGCACAGGUAGAGAGUACUAAGCACCUCCAAGCGCCUGAUACCCAGCUAGCAACCUGUGUGGUAUGUGGUUAGAAACCUGCUUCCCAUGUGAAGCUGCCAGAAAUUGAGUGUGGACCUGUGUGGUCUAAGAGUAGAAUACCCGUAUAAUAUAUGUGCGCUUCUUCCACCUCCGUGGCCAAGGCUUUGUGAUCCUGGAGCAAUGCAAUCGAAUGGUCUCAUUCAACUCAUUCAAUGUACAUUUGUAUUUCCUCACGAAAUCAAUUUGUUCAUUAUAC